AUGUCCUCUUCUUCCAAAGGCGCAAGCCAUGACGUCUUUAUCAGCUCUAGCUGCGACGGGACGCGCUACUCCUUCGUCAGCCACCUCUCCGCGGCUUUGAAGCGUCUGAACAUCACCGUCAUCGAGGAAGACACUUUGCCUGAAACCAGACAGUACCUACCCAAGAAGACCAGGUUAGCGAUAAAGAGAUCCAAGAUCUGUGUUAUUGUUCUCUCCAAGAACUUCGCAUUCUCCGAGCACAGCCUGACUACUCUCGUCGAGGCUAUCGAGGGGCGGCAUAGCAAAACCGGCGCCUUAGUGGUUCCAGUUUUCUACGGCGUAGAUCGCUCGUUGGUGGAGCAUCAGAUCGGAAAAUUCAGCGAGGCAUUCUCUAAGCACAAGACAUCGGAGCCUGAACAUCGUGUAACCGAAUGGAGAAACGCUCUAAAGGAAGCGGCACACAUAAAGGAAGGUCUCGAAUCAAAUGACGAAUCCAGUGACUUGAAUCUUGUGGAAGAUAUUGUCUCAUACGUACAGGAGAGGCUCUUCCCCACGGAUGAUAUCGGCGUCAGUUCUAGGGUGUUGGAGAUAGAAAACUUGCUCAGCAAGCAAUCUUGGGUAGUCAGAAGCGUAGGUAUUUGGGGUAUGGCUGGUAUAGGUAAGACCACAAUUGCUAAAGCAGCCUUUAACCAGAUGAAACGAAACUACAAAUCCCCUCGCUUCAUCGCAGACUUCGAGAAAGAAUUCGACAAGGAAGGAAUGUAUCGCUUAAGAAUGCAGCACUUGCCACCAAACGUGAAGGAGAAGCUUGAUAUCAACAGGUGCAUUACUAACCAAGGCCAGAUUUCAGGAGACGAAUCACGAGACGAGAGUGUGUUCUUGGUUCUUGAUGAUGUGAGGAAUCCUAUCAACGCAGAGUCUUUUCUUGGAGGGUUUGAGUGGUUUGAUCCGGGAAGUGUGAUAAUCAUAACUUCAAGAGAUAAACAAGUGCUUGUCCAAUGCCGGAUGGUUGAGAUUUAUGAGGUCAAGGGUUUAGAUGAUGAGGAAAGUCUGAAGCUGUUUUCGCGGUGUGCGCUUGGAGAGUCUCAGCUUGAAGAGGGUCACCUCCAAGUAUCAAAUAUGGUGGUUAAGUAUGCUAAUGGAAACGCUAAAGCUCUCAGCUACUACGGAAACGAGCUUAAGAACAAGAAACCAAAAGAAAUGGAGAUAUCAUUUGAGCAACUCAAGCUAAAUCCUCCCGAUGAGAUUCUUAAACUGUUCAAGAGCAGUUAUGAUGAACUUAGUGACGACGAGAAGAACAUAUUAAUGGACGUUGCUUGUUUCUUUAAAGGAGAUACCGUUGACCGUGUGAUGCAAGUUCUCGACGGUUGUGGUUUCUUCCCGUGUAUUGGGAUCGACUAUCUUGUUGAGAAGUCUCUUUUGAAGAUUUGUGGAGACAGAGUUGAAAUGCAUAAUCUAUUACAAGACCUUGUUAGGGAAAUUCUCAAUCAAGAAGUAAUGUUUGGGAUGGGUCGCAGACUCUGCGGCGUUAACAACAUUCAACCUCUGCUAGAAGAUGAACAAAAUGGGAGUAUCAAAGGAGAUUUGGGCGUUGAAGACAUUGAAAGUAUACUACUGGAAGCUUCUUGCUUGAGCUUUGUUGUUGACCCUGACGCGUUUCAGGAUAUGUAUAAGCUUAGACUUCUGAAAAUUUACAGCUCGGAUCCUGAAAAGCGCCCUGGGCUCGAUCUUUCCAAGGGUUUGGUAUCUCUGCCUUGUGAGCUACGGCUUCUCCACUGGGAGAGUUACUCUUCGCGAACCUUACCAGAAGAUUUUGAUCCUGACAACCUUGUGGAACUCAAUAUGCCUUACAGUCAACUUAAAGAACUUUGGGAAGAAUCUAAGAACCUCAAGUCGCUGAAGACAAUCAAUCUUCAUCAUUCUGAGAAACUAGUUGACAUCGAAGAGCUUAGAGACGCUCAUAAUCUUGAGCUGAUUGAUCUCCAAGGGUGUAUAAGCUUGCAGAGCUUUCCAGACACAGAGCAUCUAGAUCAUCUUCAGGUUCUUAAUCUCUCUGGCUGCAUAGGGAUCACAAUGUUUCCAGAGGUUCCACCAAACAUUAAAGAAAUGUGUCUCAAGGGGACUAGCAUAAGAGAAGUACCCGCAACAAUCGAGUCCCUCUCAGGACUAGUCAAGCUAGACUUAGGAAACUGCAAAAAGCUUCUGAAUUUUCUAGUGAAGAUCCACAACAUGGAGUCUCUUGAAUUUCUCAAUCUUUCUGGAUGCACUGCGCUUGAGAGCUUCCCAGAGAUCCCCACACGUGUAGGGAAUUUUCAGUAUUUUAUCUAA